AUGGAAGUUUCUGCCCCCGGUCCUGACUCUGUGACUCUCUCCCCAGUGGACGUGACUCUGGAUCCAGACACGGCAAAUCCCUGGCUCGUCCUGUCUGAGGAUCAGAAACGUGUGAGAUAUGGAGACACUCGCCAGGAUCUGCCCAACAACCCUGAGAGAUUUAAUAGAUAUGCCAUUGUCCUGGGUGCUGAGGGGUUCGCGGGCGGGAGGCGUUACUGGGAGGUGGAGGUGGGAGACAAGACAGGCUGGGACCUGGGGGUUUGUAGGGAAUCUGUGAGCAGGAAGGGGGAGUUCGCAUAUGCCCCUGGGAAUGGAUGCUGGGUCAUGUGGCUGAGGGAGGGGGGAUAUCAGGCCCACACCUCACCCCCGACCCCCCUCCCCGUGAGCGUCAGGCCCAGCCAGGUGGGGAUUUUCCUGGACUAUGAGGCGGGUGAGGUCUCAUUUUACAAUGUGACUGACAGGUCUCAUCUCUUCACUUUUACUGACACCUUCUCCGGGACGCUCCGCCCUUAUUUCUAUCCUGGUCACAAAGCUGGGGCUACAAACGCGGCUCCCCUGAUCAUCUGUCCGGUCCCAGCUCAGGCUGGAGGGAAUCUCAGUCCCUGACAGUGACCCGGCGGCACAGACUGGCCCCUCCCAGCCCUGCUGCUCUUCUCUCCCCCCCCCACCCCAGUUGUGGGGGCCAGUUACUGCAGCAACUGGACUUUUUGUGCUGACCAGACGCUGCUAGUUUCCCUUUUCAACUGGAGGUUCCAGUCAAAAACCAGACACCUGGCAACCCCCAGCCCCCACCUUCCCCAUC